AUGUUCAGCCUGAUUGGGCACCUUUCCCUGGAAACAAUAAGAGCAGUAACACACGUGCGGAAACUGCCAGCCGCCUUGCUCUCCCUGAAGUCUAGCCUCGACGUAACAACCGUGCCCGAUGGUAGUACCGUUGCUGCGUCGGGCACGGACAGCUGCUGUCAGAUCCGUGCCUGUAUUAUCCUGGCCCUGGCCACCUGCGCCUUUGGCGUCUAUUCCGGUUAUCCCUAUGGCUACUCUGGCGCUGUUCCUGCCGCCUAUGGUGGGUAUCAAGCACCACUCGCCUCUCUGUCUUCAUACGGCUAUGGACUUGGUCAUGUGGCGCCAUCCUAUGGCUACGGGCUCGGAAGCUACGGCAUCCGUGCCUGUCUCCUCCUCGCUCUGGCCACCUGUCUCGGCUCUGGCUACCCCGUCGGCUACCCCGUAGCUGCUCCAGCCUACGCAGCUUAUCAAGCUCCAUUGGCUUCUGUGCUAGCCGUGCACCACACUCCUGGCUUCGGUUAUGGCCUCGGCUAUGGACUUCCCGCUUACGGCUACGGACUUGGCAGCUACGGGCUUAGCUACUGA